AUGAUUGCGGGAGACUCUAUUUCCAUAUUCUCUUUAUUCUAUUUUAUAAUAGGAGUGAACACAUGUAACUUUGGAUGGAUCGACACAUGGUUAGAAAAUGAACGCAUAGUUAACAUAACCCACAACACAUUUGGGAUAUAUGGCGAAUGCUAUGAAAGGCUGCAUGAUGAAUAUCUUCUGAAGAGUGAAACUAAUCGAGGAGACUGUAAUCGAUGUUUGAUCGCCUUCCCCGUCCAUGAGAAUGUUCUUCAAUACAAAAUAACUCGAUGUAUCUUCGACGAGAAGCUGACUGUCGGAGAAUGUCGAAAUCACUUCAACGGCGACUAUCCACUGCACACCAUGUUUAAGAAAGAUGCACAUGCCAUUGGUUGUCCAUUACAAAUGCCAUUAUCAUUUACUUAUACGGAUAAUAAAGGAGUCUGUAAUAGUCGAACAUCUUCAAUCACUCGAUGCUCCAAAUGGAAUCGUCUUUCACUCAAUUUCCAAGCUUGUCCAGAAAAUCCAAAAAGGGAAUCAAGCGUCUCUGAAAUGGAAUGUAUUGGAACUUGGCAAUCUCAUGGACAACACUUUUUCGCUUCACGGCUAGGAACCUUGCGAGGUGAAGAACAUCGCUGCUUUAUUUAUGAAAGAUCCGCGUCAACGGUUGGACGAGUAGGAAUCUCCGCUGACGCUGGUUGUCAAGAACUAACUCAUUUGAGUGAAGCAACAGUGACUUUGAACUUCAAACAAGAAGCUGAAGUAGAGAGCUUUUGCGAAUUCCCUGGUUAUAUGUGGAAGCAUGAUCAUCGAAAAUGGAAGCAUGACUGGACCAGCAUGUCCAAUAGCAAGAAUCAUCAUGUUCAUCGCGGCUCAUGGCAUUCACAUUAUCGAAAUCGAAAUGAUACUGUGUGGACAUGUUUGGAUCGUAAAGACAAGCAUUCAGAGCACUAUUUCCGAGUUUAUGUUCACAAAGGAUGUCAGACAGGGUAUCAAUGCUUGAAAGUUAAAAGGUUACGCAAGCAUAUUAUUGAAGUUCAUUAUGGACAUUUGAGCCAAGAAGAGUUCUUCGACGACUGUUCAGAUAUGGAAGUCACACACAGGGAUACGCUAGUGAUGCCAGGACAUAAGGAGGCCUGCUCACCAAGACAUCGCUUGUACACUCCAUCUUGCCCUGAUGUUCCAGCCAUUUCGGUUGGAUGCCAUCCAGGAAAUCUUCAAAUUUUGAGAUCAUGCUCUAGUCUUCAGACAGAAAACUUUGAAUGUGUAGGUCACUUUGACGAUCAUUCUCAGAAGCUGACGAUAAUUCGCAGUGAAGAAACAGACCAACUUAUGUGUAUGGCUCAUAUGUUGAAGCCCAUCAAUCUGGUACGAAUAUUCGAUUUUCGUGCGUGCACAGCAGAAGCUAUCGAAGGUGAACCACCUAGUGUUUUUAUGAAUAUUUCUAAAUCAGAACACUGUGAGGGAUCUCUGUUAGCAGGAUUUCUAUCAUCGUCGUCAUCCUCAUCAUCAACUUCCUCUACCUCAUUCAACAUGCUCCAGUUAACUGUGACCUUAUUAACUUGUCUUAUUCAUCGUUUUAUCCUCGUUUGA